CAAACCUUCUGGAACAUUCUGCUUUGGAAUGUUCUAAUCUCUGGUUCAGGAUGCUAGGUUUGCUCAUUUCCAUAGCUUUCUCCUUCACAGGCAAGUUGUCAGAGUCAGGGCUCCCCGGAACUUAGCCAUCACCUGUGGUAGGGUGACCAGCUUGUCCAUCUGUCUGGGACAGCGUCAGGUUUGGGGGCUUUGUUUGUUUGUUGUUUUUCUUCCAGUCCUAGACAUUAAACCCAGGGCUUUGCACAUGAUAGGCUAUGAUAGGAAGCGGCUGUUCAGCCUCGCCCACAAAGCACUUACAGGGAGUGGCCUCUGUGCCCACAAGGUCAAAUUUUAAGAGGAAGAAACAAAAGAUAGCAGAUGUGGAAUGUCUCUGGAAAUAGCAGGCUCCGGCCCGGCCCACCUGUCCUCAAACCAAAUCAGAUGUCAUGGCACCCCCAGUACCGCAGCUCCAAGUUCCGACAUGUCUAUGGCAAGCCCGCCAGCAAAGAGAACUGCUACGACUCGGUGCCCAUCACACGCAGCGUCCAUGACAACCACUUCUGUGCCGUGAACCCCCACUUCAUCGCUGUGGUCACUGAAUGCGCCGGCGGAGGGGCCUUCCUCGUCAUCCCCUUGCACCAGACAGGAAAGUUGGACCCUCACUACCCCAAGGUCUGCGGGCACAGAGGGAAUGUCUUGGACAUCAAAUGGAAUCCUUUUGAUGACUUUGAGAUUGCCUCCUGUUCCGAAGAUGCCACGAUUAAGAUUUGGAAGAUCCCCAAGCAGUUGUUGGCAAGGAACCUCACAACCUACAGGAAGGAGCUGGUGGGUCACUCACGCAGGGUGGGGCUGGUGGAGUGGCACCCCACGGCUGCCAACAUCCUCUUCAGCGCUGGCUAUGACUACAAGGUGAUGGUGUGGAACCUGGAUACAAAGGAGUCUGUAAUUGCAAACCCCAUGAGGACAAUCACCUGUCACCAAGACGUGAUCCUCUCCAUGUCCUUCAACACCAACGGCAGCCUGCUGGCCACCACCUGCAAGGACCGCAAGAUUCGGGUUGUGGACCCCCGAGUGGGGAUUGUCCUCCAGGAAGCCAGCUACAAGGGGCACCGGGCCAACAAAGUGCUGUUCCUGGGGAACCUCAAGAAGCUGCUAUCCACGGGCACAUCCAGAUGGAACAACCGGCAAAUGGCCCUGUGGGACCAGGACAACCUUUCUAUGCCCCUCACUGAGGAGGACCUGGAUGGCUCCUCGGGUGUGUUGUUUCCCUUCUACGACUCAGACACCAGCAUGCUGUACAUCGUGGGGAAGGGAGAUGGGAACAUCCGAUACUAUGAGGUGAACACUGAGAAGCCUUACCUGAGCUACCUGACUGAGUACCGCUCCUACAACCCACAGAAGGGGAUCGGUGUCAUGCCAAAGAGAGGUCUCGAUGUGUCUUCCUGCGAGGUCUUCCGCUUCUACAAGCUGAUCACCACCAAAAGCCUCAUUGAGCCCGUAUCCAUGAUUGUGCCCCGGAGGUCAGAAUCCUACCAAGAGGACAUCUACCCGCCCACGGCAGCAGCCCAGCCCUCCCUGGCAGCCCACGAGUGGCUCGGCGGGAUGAACAGAGAGCCCAUCAUGAUGUCCCUUAGGCCCGGCUCUGAACUUCUGGACUCCCAGCCACUGCCUCCAGAGAAACCUUUCUCCAAUUUUAUGGUCCGCGUUUCACCCCGGCCCCUGGAACACAUGGUGCAGCUGGGGACAAACGACGGCCAUGCACCCUGCUCUCUGCUGGAGGAGAAGGCUCCAAAGUGGGCCACAGAGCAGCGGCUGGAGGAGAGGUCAUGGCUCACCAAUGGCUUUGAUAUUUUCGAAUGUCCCCCACCAAAGACAGAAAAUGAGCUGCUGCAGAUGUUUUACCGGCAACAGGAGGAGAUCCGGAGGCUCCGGGAGCUGUUGAUCCAGAGAGAGGUCCAGACCAAGCAGCUGGAAUUGGAGAUCAAAAACCUGCGCAUGGGCUUAGGACAGUUCUGAGCAGAGGUCUCCGCCAUCCUCGCCCUCAGGGACAACACCAGGCUCUGUGGGGAGGUCCAGAACCAAACCACAGGUCCCCGAGAACAACCACUAUUUCUAUAUUUUAUACCAGAAAACAAAACUCUCAGUCGCUGAAAGAGAUCUCAGUGGGACAAGGUGCCGCUUCCCUGUUACCUUCGCACAGCUGCAGUCUCUGCCCUGACUGCUUCUGCUGAAUUCUGGUUUUAAGGGUUGGUGAGGAACUGUGUCCUCCCAGAGGGUGAAAAGCUUGGUAGAAAGAUCUGGAAGGACUGGGUAGGUCAACCUGCCUGCGGUUUGCAACUCUGGCCAUAGAGUAGGAGGUGGUUUUGGUCCGUGGGCUUGAUCUUAGCAGAUGCCCCCCCCCAUCUCCAUCAGCCCACUUUGGAAUAUAGACUUUGACUGCUAGAUUAUCUUUUAGAAGCUUGAAAACCACUGACCUGGCUUAAUUCCCUCAUUGUAUAAGCGAGGAAACUGAGGCCCAGAGAGAGACACUGUGAUCUGUUUCCUGGUAGGGCUGGACUGGGAUCCUGUCCUUCUGGGUCUGUCCGUCAGCGCUGUUCUCAGUCACCCCCCCCCAGUUAGGAAUCCAUUGGUUCUGACCUCAGCUGUGUCCCCGCUGACCUGGUGACUGACCUCUUACCAAACGCCUCUCUCUCUGAUCUCAGCUUUUCCAUCCCAACAAGGGCAGAGUUCCAGUGGGCUGCCUGCUCUGUGGCCUGCCACCAAAUACUUGAUUUCCACCAUGCCUGUGGUUUGCUGACCUGGGCUUAAUGUAGACACUCACACCUGUGUGUGGGGCUCAAUCUAAGAGGAAUGAGUGAAGAUUUGGCCCAAUUCUAAACCACAGACAGGUGGCCAAUCCCAUCCUUCCAACCAGAAUCAGCCGGAUGGGGGUAGACAGUUCCAUAGGUAGGGACACCGACCUCUGAGCUGUGUCCAUGUCUGUUGACUCCAGAGCCUGCCACCUCCCGGAGAGCAGACAGACCUUCCACCCAGGCUAUCAAAGGCCUCUGAGAGUAGGGGGACCCCAGCACUGGAGGUGACCAAGCCCGGUGGCCCCCCACCAGGAAGGGCUCUGGUUGACUGCACUAGGUGGGAAGUGGAACUGGAUAGCUUCUGUUUGGAAAGUCUGUGCCCCUCCCUUGUGUGUCCUGUGUCCUGUCUGAGGCUCUCUCUCUUGGUGGUCAGUGCAGCAGCCCAGCUAGUGCCUAAGAAGAACUGAGACAAAGCUUGCUUCCAAAACUUACCACACACACACACACACACACACACACACACACACACACACACUCCCCUCUGGACAGGCGGACAGUGUUUUCCCCAUCACACAGGGUCACUCUGGAGCUCACGUGGGAAUUGCAGGAACCACUCAUGUCAUCUAUUAGCGUCCCUCUAGAUAGACAUACUGAUGACCAGACCCCACUCAUCGAAGCCUGCUCUUCAAUGGAAAGUGUGGUCCUCUGGACAAACUGCCCGGGCGACUUCAGAACAAUGGGAUGGAGACACGUCUGGCUAGUCUCCUGUAUCUGCACUGGUGAUGAAUGUAGGACACUCCCAAGACUCUCACAUGACCCUGCCCCUCGCUGUCACUGGUAUCUGCACACACCAGAGUCCUGGUUCCUUGGUUUAUUCUCUACUCAGCAAUCACUAGCCUAGGAUUCUAUCCCCAGUGAUGAGCCGGCUCUGCUGGCCUUAUCUGUGCUCCUGAGAAAAAGGCUGAGUCCCAGGCAUUGGUGGGGAACUGGAGCUCCUGGGUUGGGGCUCUCUCAUGGUGACAGUACCUCAUAUUUGUAAGGCUCCCACCCCCACCUCCAACCCCAUGUUCAGAAGGCAGGACAGACUCAGAGCGAUGACACCAGUCUAACGCCACUGGCUGCCACCUGUGUGUGACUGGGGGUGGGGUCUCCAGAGCUUCCCAUCAUGUCUCUGUACAACGUCUCCCCCCACUCCCAAGAAAAGCUCUCCCCAGUGUAAGGGACCUAGACGCAGACCUCACAUUCAAGAACAGGUCACAGGCGGCUAUGAACAAUUUUAUUUGUUGCUUUUUUGUGUUGGUUUUUUUUAACUCUAGAAUAAAUUAUUUAAAUUAUUUCACAGCAAGGGAGAGGGAUAGGUAAUUUUUAUCAGAUAUUUUUUAAGUCAUCUUUUUUUUUUGAGAUUGUGUUUUUAUGUUCUUGAGUUGAUGGAGCAACAGUGCCCGCGAAGGCGGCGUCUGCCCAGGGGCAUAGCAGCCCUCGCCUCUCUAGUUCAAGCCUUGGGAACUCCCUUUCUGUUGACUCAGGAACUUUGUGUGGAUGAGGAGAGUGUUUGGAGAUGAACAAUUGGCUGGUACCCACCUUAGCUCUAGAAUAAUUCUGCUUCCUAGAACAAAACUUGAGGGCAUGCCCUAGAGGGAAACAGGAAGUGAGAAAUCUACGCUUUUCAUAUGAAACCGUGCCUGAAGCCUUUGAAUGGUUGUUCUAAUAUUUCUUAAAUUCCUUGUACCUUUGUAAAAAAAUAAAUAAAUAAAAGUUAAAAUAGAUGCAGAAUUAUGCAAUGGAAGAAUAUAGCAAUCAACACUGGGUGGUAAUUUCUCCUGUAAUCCCAGCGCUUGGAAGGCUGAGGCAGAAGGAUUGAGUUUCAGUACAGCCUGGACAAAGAGCGUGAGACCCUGCCUCAACCAAAAUAAUAAUAAUAAAACACCAAGCCCAA